GGUUAGGAGACCAAACGAAUCUAUACCUGUCUUGUUUUCUUUUUAUUGUUAAAUUAGAAUACUUUCAGUAUUCAAGUUAGCGUUAACCGACUGGCUGUUUUAUUGUUUAUUUCGUUACUGCUUCGCUUUUAGCUUGGUAAUUACAAGAGGCAGCCAAACAUACGAUAUAAUUUGAUUGACAUGGUAGAUGACCAAUCAGGGCUCUUUUCCGGCAGGCUGUUGACCAACACAACAAACCUUUGAUUCAAACAGUCCUGAAAGGAUGGGGAACAUCUUUGUAAAUCUCUUUAAAGGCCUCUUUGGGAAGAAGGAGAUGAGGAUCCUGAUGGUGGGCUUGGAUGCUGCCGGCAAAACCACCAUCCUGUACAAACUCAAGCUGGGAGAGAUCGUCACCACCAUCCCUACGAUCGGAUUUAACGUGGAGACGGUGGAGUACAAGAACAUCAGUUUCACAGUGUGGGAUGUGGGCGGUCAGGACAAAAUCAGACCCCUGUGGAGACAUUACUUUCAGAACACACAAGGACUGAUCUUUGUAGUGGACAGCAACGAUAGAGAGCGAGUAAACGAAGCGAGGGAGGAACUGACAAGAAUGUUGGCAGAAGACGAACUGCGCGACGCAGUUCUCCUGGUUUUCGCAAACAAACAGGACCUGCCCAAUGCGAUGAAUGCAGCUGAGAUUACAGAUAAGCUCGGGCUGCACGCGCUGCGCCUUCGCAACUGGUACAUCCAGGCCACAUGCGCGACCAGUGGAGACGGACUGUACGAGGGCCUCGACUGGCUCUCCAACCAGCUGAAGAACCAGAAAUGAACCAUUCCACCCAUCCUGUGUGUGUGUGUGUGUGUGUGUGUGUGUGUGUGUGUGUGUGUGUGUGUGUGUGAGUGUGUGAGUGUGUGAGUGUGUGUGUGUGGGUGUGAGGGAAAUAGAGAGAGAGAUGUUGGUCUUGCCUAAACCUUGACUGGCAUAUACACAGUAUAUUUUUUUUUCUGUGUGUGUGUGUGUGUGUGUGUGUGUGUUUGUUUGCAGACACACCAUUUUACCAACUAAAGUGUGUUUGUGGUUUAGACACGAGACCAUCAUUCAGCACAAACCUCAAUAUUCUUUAGUCUUUCAUAAGGGUUUAGGCUUCGCUGCCGUGUGUGUGUGUGUGUGUAACCGUGUGAUUCUGAGUGCAACUGUUCCCUUCUAGUGUGUAUGAGAGUAAGAGUGUACGUCUGUCUAGGACCGUACUAUAGGUAUACAUAUUAUAACCCUACGUUCACGCUAGCAAGCCACAUGCACGUACGUGACGAGACCUUUCUGUGUUGUCGUACGUGGCUAGGACACUUAGCUCGCUUUGCUAAUACGCUAUUAUUUAAUUUGUUUGAAGCUAUGUAUCGAUAACAAAUUUUCUUUGUACCUUCAAAAAGGUCACACUCAAGCAGUUGCUUUACGCCUACGAGAGACAAACUACAAGUUACUUGCUAGCGUGAACGCAGGGUUUCGAUGCGGAGACAGAUGAUGACGUCGUCAGUCCACUCAGAGCCACGCGCGAAAAUGAACGAUUGUCUGCGGAUGUUUAAGUUAUUCCUAAAUUUUGAGGUUUGUUUUCUUUUUCUUUUCACCUGCAACAGAAUUGAACUUACAUGUUACGGGACAUUUCAUGUGCAAGUCUUAUUUAAUUGCUCUAACAACUGAAAGGCGAGACCGAACACAGCUUGUGCACGUAUCGUUUACUGUUAGCUGAACCAUUUUUUUUUUUGUUUUGUUUAACUACUUUAGUUUGUUGGGAUUGGUUUAUUUAUUUGAUGAAUGUCAGUCAAGCAAGUUAAGGAAUGGAAGAAAGGAACAAAAAGCAGAUGUUGCUCUCCAAGAUCUGGACGGUGGCUUCAGUAGCGUCGGUUGUCUGUGACUUUAACAUGUAUAUCUGCGGUUCAGCUUAAGGACGGACCCCGGCGUGCCUUCAAAACCAUUCGUUUAUAUUCUCUGUCUCUCUCUCUCUCUCUCUCUCUCUCUGUCUGUCUGUCUCUCUCUGUCUGUCUCUCUCUCUCUGUCUGUCUCUGUCUGUCUCUCUUUCUCUCUCUGUCUCUCUCUCUCUCUGUCUGUCUCUCUCUCUCUCUCUGUCUGUCUCUCUCUCUGUCUGUCUGUCUCUCUCUGUCUCUUUCUCUCUGUCCCACCCCCUCCCUUUUUCAUUCUCAAAUGUGGCAGAGGAGGAAGGAUGGUUUUGUGACCUUGGUGGCGAUUUUGCCUUCAGUACGUUGAAAGAUUUUCAAAAUGCCUGUAGUUUACAGAAGCGCAGUUUAAUAUUCAUUUUUGUAAAACUGACCUUCAGUUCUCUGUUUACGUGGCUGCGUAUUUCUAAUAUACACGAACGCCGGUUGCUAGGCCUGCUACUUAGCACGUUAGCUAGCUACGUAGUUCCUUUAGAGAUGUAGAAGGCUUUAUUAUGCUUUACGAGCUGAUCAUAACAGGGCGUGUUGAAAGCAUUACUGGAGAACUGGAUUAUUUGGUUCCUUUCAAUAAGUCCACCAAUAGUGUUACAGGCAUGUUGACUUUGGGGCAGAUGGUCUUUUCUAUAGGUGCACUUUUAUUCUAUUUAAAUAAUGAAGAAAAUCAGCCUGUGUGUGUGUGUGUGUGUGUGUAGCAGGAAGGACACUGUAACCUGUAUCAGGUUGGGAAAAUCAUUUUCCAUCCUCGAUUGUACUUUGCAUCAUUUGAAGAAUCACAUCUUUUCUUUGUUUUUGUUGUUUUAUUAUUUUAUUUUUUUUUCGAGCGAAGGAUCGAGACGAGACAGAAGAAUCUGUCUGGGUUCUUGACCGUACACUACCUUUCAACCGAGCACAAUCACAAUACAUUCCCCUCUCCCUUGUACUUUUCAACUUGUUUUAAAUAAAUAAUUAAUCAAAA